AGACCAAACCAUCCACGACGCAACGCCAAUAAAACACGAUUGUAAUUGAAACGCAUCGCAACAGCAACACCGCAGAAGGCCAAUCGAUACACUCAUUCUAAUUCCAUUAAACGAACCCACGAUGGCAGACGACAACAACAACAGCGACGACGAAAAUGACAACGAACUCUACGACGAAUUCGGGAAUUACAUCGGACCCGAACUAGAUUCUUCGGACGAUGAUUCUUCGGACGAAUCCGAAGUUGGAAAUGACCAUGGCAUUGGCGAUGAGGGAUCCGUGGUCUCGGGAAUGGACGACGACGAGACCAAUGCAAUAGUCGUUGCGGACGAAUCGGCAUCCCUGGCGAAGCAAACGGCCGACCCGGCAAACGCCAUUGUCCUCCACGAAGACAAGGAGCACUACCCGUCGGCCGAGGACACCUUCGGAGAGGGGGUUCGCACGGCGGUCCUGGACGAGGACGCCAUGGACCUGGACCAGCCCAUCGUAGAACCCGUUGUGACGAAAUCCCAUCACCUUGGGGGGGGCGACGACGACGACGACGACGACGACGAGUCGGGAGAAGGAAGGAGGGGCAAGCGCAGCAAGCAGUCUGUGUCCUACCUGUACAGCGACGAGUUCCUGACGUCCAACUUGUUGUCCAAUGAAACCACGGCCACGAGGCGCGGGAUUGCCUUGGUGGGCCAGUUCCACCACGGAAAAACUAGUCUGGUCGACACGCUCAUGGAACCUACGCUGAAACCCUCGGACCGGUGGGACCCCCUCGAUUCCUCCUCGGAGGAUCCCACCGAGCACACGACGAGUGCCAAGAGCGAGACCCUCCGGUACACCGACAUUACGCAGAGCGAGCGGGACCGCCGGAUGUCCCUGCAGAGCUGCCCCAUCACGCUGGCCCUCCCAGACACCCGGGGAAAAUCCUACGCGGUGACCCUGGUCGAUUGCCCGGGCCACGUACAGUUCCACGACGAGUCGGUAGCGGCCCUCCGGUCCGUCGACGGGGCCGUCCUCUGCGUCGACGCCCUCGAGGGGAUCGCGAUGCACACGGAGCUCCUGGCCAGGCAGAUUGUUUCGGAGGGCCUGCCGGUGUGCCUGGUUAUCACCAAGGUGGACCGGCUGGUGACGGAGCUUCGCCUCCCACCGAGGGACGCCUACUUCAAGCUGCUCAGCAUCGUUGAAGCGAUCAACCGACUGAUCCAGGACGCCUCCCACGGGCGCUAUCCGGAGAUCUCCCCGACGAGGGGAAACGUGGCCUUUUCGAGCGCCAUCCACAGCUGGCUCUUCACUCUAAAAAGCAUGACGGAGGUCUACCUCGAGCACUCUGCCGAAGAGUCGGUCGGGACGAAUCUGACGUCUGCGCAGUUUGCUAGCCGUCUAUGGGGCGAUUGGUGGUACGACCCAGACACGAAACGAUUCGUCGACGACCCUGCCGAGUGCUCGUCCCCGCAGCGGCACCGGUCCUUCGUGACCUUUUGCCUGGAACCGAUCUACAAGAUCUAUGCGGCCUGUCUAGGUGA